AUGUCACUUACAGAUAAAGAAUUGUUUGAAUUAAACAAAAAAGCCGUCACCGAAGGUUUUAAAAUCAAACCAAGAAUUAACUAUAACACCGUUGGUGGUGUUAAUGGUCCAUUGGUUAUUUUGGAUAAUGUUAAAUUCCCACGUUAUAAUGAAAUUGUCAACUUGACUUUACCAGAUGGUACUGUCAGACAAGGACAAGUUUUAGAAGUCAGAGGUACUAAAGCAAUUGUCCAAGUUUUCGAAGGUACUUCAGGUAUUGAUGUCAAGAAAACUAGAGUUGAAUUCACUGGUGAAAACUUGAAAAUUCCAGUUUCUGAAGAUAUGUUGGGUAGAAUUUUUGAUGGUUCUGGUAGACCAAUUGAUAAAGGACCUAAAAUUUUUGCUGAAGAUUAUUUGGAUAUCAAUGGUUCUCCAAUUAAUCCAUAUGCUCGUAUUUAUCCAGAAGAAAUGAUUUCUACUGGUGUUUCUGCUAUUGAUACCAUGAAUUCUAUUGCUAGAGGUCAAAAGAUUCCAAUUUUCUCUGCUUCUGGUUUACCACAUAAUGAAAUUGCUGCUCAAAUUUGUAGACAAGCUGGUUUGGUUAGACCAACUAAAGAUGUUCAUGAUGGUCAUGAAGAAAAUUUCUCCAUUGUUUUCGCCGCUAUGGGUGUUAACUUGGAAACUUCUAGAUUUUUCAAACAAGAUUUCGAAGAAAAUGGUUCUUUAGAAAGAACUACAUUGUUCUUGAACUUGGCAAAUGAUCCAACCAUUGAAAGAAUUAUCACCCCACGUUUAGCAUUAACCACUGCCGAAUUUUUGGCUUACCAAACUGAAAGACAUGUUUUGACUAUUUUGACUGAUAUGUCUUCUUAUGCUGAUGCAUUGAGAGAAGUUUCUGCUGCCAGAGAAGAAGUCCCAGGUAGAAGAGGUUACCCAGGUUAUAUGUACACGGAUUUGUCUACUAUUUAUGAAAGAGCUGGUAGAGUCGAAGGUAGAAAUGGUUCUAUUACCCAAGUUCCAAUCUUGACCAUGCCUAAUGAUGAUAUUACCCAUCCAAUUCCUGAUUUGACUGGUUAUAUUACUGAAGGUCAAAUUUUCAUUGAUAGACAAUUGCACAAUAGAGGUAUUUACCCACCAAUUAAUGUCUUGCCAUCAUUGUCCCGUUUAAUGAAAUCUGCUAUUGGUGAAGGUAUGACUAGAAAAGAUCAUGGUGAUGUUUCCAAUCAAUUGUAUGCUAAAUAUGCUAUUGGUAAGGAUGCUGCUGCUAUGAAAGCCGUUGUUGGUGAAGAAGCUUUGUCAACUGAAGAUAAAUUGUCAUUAGAAUUUUUGGAAAAAUUCGAAAAGAAUUUCAUUUCUCAAGGUGCUUAUGAAAACAGAACUAUUUUUGAAUCCUUGGAUUUGGCUUGGUCCUUAUUGAGAAUUUAUCCAAAAGAAAUGUUGAACAGAAUCAGUCCAAAGAUUUUAGAAGAAUUCUAUGGUAGAGAUAGAGAACAAGAUGAUGACGAAGAAGAAGAAGAAGAUCCAGACAAGUCUGGUGAUAAAUUAAUUGACGCCUAG